AUGGCGCGGAUCAAGCAAGGGGUAUUUUCGUGGGAGGACGUGUUGGCGCAGCGGUAUCAGAACAACAAGCCCACCGGACUCCCCCGAUCGCGACGAUACAGCGCCCUCCAGGGCCAACAACCCGAUACCCGAACGGAAUGGAGCAUGCAGCCGCAGAGCGCCUUGCUGGCAAGGCUAUCGCCCGAGCUGCGCCUCAUAAUCUGGGAGAUGGUUCUCGGCGGCAAGCGCAUCCACAUCGUGCAGCGCUCGAACCGUCGCAUGGGACACAUUGUCUGCCCGGAGACCGGGUCAUGCGACAUCUGUCGCGGCGGGGUCUCGAGCGUGAAAGACACGCCCGGAGAUCUCCUCGCGCUGUCAAUGACGUGUAAGCAGAUCUACUCCGAAUCCAUAACCAUGCUCUACACCCUCAACACCUUCGAAUUCAGCAACACCUGGUCCCUCACCUACCUGCGUCCCACCAUCCCCGCCCCCUUCUGGGACGCGAUCCGCGCCGUCGAGCUGCGCUGGGCCUUCCCGGGCCACUGGCUUCCCUGCAAGGACCCCGUCAAGUCGGUCUACUUCUCCGCCGGUCGGCAGCAGUGGCUCGAGACGUGUCGCGCCGUCACGCGCAUGCCCGCCCUGCAGGCGUUCACGCUGCAGCUCAGCGGCAGCUGGUUCUGCGAGCCCGUCGAGAAGAUCCCCGUGUUUCUGGAGCCGCUGCGCGAGCUGCGGCUGCGGCAGCGCUGGAAGCUGCAGCUCCCGCAGCAGCCGUAUUACGUGAAGGAAAUUCGGAAUAUUGAUGGGGAUUUGAGGAAGAGGGGGUUGAGUGUGUGGUGCGGGUUGUUUAAUAUUAGUAUAAGUUGGCUGUACUGA